UCUUUCAAGCUCAAACUGGAGAAAGAGCUCACCAAAAUCAAAGAAAUCACCAUAUAGUUAUGGAUUCCAUUGCAGCCAUCCCAGAAAGUGAGUACUUUAAAGCUGAAGCUCACUUGUACAGAUACAUUUAUAGCCACAUUAAUAGCACAGUUCUCAAGUGUGCUGUUCAGCUAGAUAUCCCAGACAUAAUCCACAGCCAUGGCCAGCCCAUCACUAUUCCUCAAUUGAUCUCUAAAUUAGAAGUUCACCCAACCAAAACUGGCUGUGUGGAGAGGCUUGUUCGCUUCUUGGUGCACAAUGGCUUCUUAUUAGAAACCAAAGUGAACAAUGAAGAAGACGAGGAAAGUGAGGCAUAUACUCUCACUCCUUCUUCUAAACUACUCGUCAAAGCCAUGGAACCAAACUUGGCACCAAUAGUAAGGUUGGUCGAGACUGGUUACAUGGCUACGUUUGAUUUUCUAGGAAGCUGGUUCAAAGGGAACGAUAAGACGAUAGCUGAGAUGGCCUUUGGGGUAAGCAUGUGGGAAAUGCUUGAACAUGAUCCUCUGAGAUUGAAGUCUUUCAAUGAAGCCAUGGCUAGUGAUUCACAGAUGAUCACCAAGGUACUUAAAGACUCUAAAUCAGUCUUCAAAGGAUUGGAAUCCAUAGUUGAUGUAGGAGGCGGCACAGGCACCACAUGCAGGAUCAUCUCUGAAGCAUAUCCUAAUAUGAAAUGCAUAGUGUUUGAUCUUCCACAAGUUGUUGAAAACUGUUCAGGAAGCAAAAACUUAAGUUUUGUUGGUGGUAGCAUGUUUAGAUCCAUCCCUUCUGCUGAUGCUGUUCUUAUAAAGUGGAUAUUACAUAAUUGGGAUGAUGAAAGUUCUUUGAAGAUACUGAACAACUGUAAGGAGGCAAUCACAAAGAAAGGAGAAGGAGGAAAAGUUAUAAUCAUUGACGCAGUGAUAAAGGAGAAGGACGAUGACGAUGGCAUGAUGCAAGUGAAACUCUUGUUUGACAUUUUGAUGAUGAGUACUCUGAACGGGAAAGAAAGAACUGAGAAGGAAUGGAAGAAGCUUCUAGAAGCUGCAGGCUUCAAACAUUACAAGACUGCUCCUCUUUCUGGUUUUAGGUCCAUCAUUGAAGCUUAUCCGUAAUCAUUAUCUGGUUUGGAACUUCUCGGAAGAAAUUUAUCCUUUUAAAAUUUUAUGUUUUUCUUUUAAGUACUUAUGUUGUUGUUGUAGUAAUUAGCCAAGCUUCAAUUACUGAUGGUGAUGAUGUGAGAUAUUCCCAAGUUUAAGGGAAAAAAAAUUUGCUCCAGUUCU